AUGUCUUGGUCCUGGAAAGAGCGCAUGUCUGGUAGCAGGCACUCUAUUGCUUCAUUAUCGACUUGCCCCACAGCCUAUAGCAUCAGUGAAUCGGAACCAAGUCGAUCAAUUGCCGAUGGCCGUCCCUCAAGACACUCCCUUAACCUGGAAGGCAGGGAGAAGGGGUUUAAAUUUGGUAUAAAGCACGCCAUCUCCCGGAUUCCAAGCCUUCGGAGACGCAAAGGUUCUACACUUUCUAGCCCGCUGUCAAUUACGCGACCUGAAUACAGCCUAAUAGUUGACAAUGGCGUUGAUGGCAUGCGACUAGGAAAUAGUCUAGAUAUCAGCUUUGCUGACACCUUAGCAAGUAAAAGUACUCUCGCGCCGAUCGACGAAGGGUCGUUGAGAAGGAGUUUGGAAUCUCCAGACUUGAAAUCCAUGCGCGCCGUACACGAAGCCCAGGUGCAAAGCUAUCUAGUGUUUCGGAAAGCGGUAUUGAAACCUAUUCUCCGCAAUCAUAGUCGCGUUUUUGAAGAAAGAAAACGGGGGCAUAUAAAGGCUGUAGAUGCUUUGGUGGCACAGAAUUCCCAAAUGGCUAUCCGAAUUGAAGAGAACGACCUUGUGACGGAACUGGCUUUGAUGGAAGAGUUCAAACGGGAAAAGCAAACCCUGCGAAGCCGCAUACGUCACAUGGAAGCUUAUUUCAACACCCCAAGAGCCAACGACACAGACCCUCUGCAACCUCCACGAGAGUACGGCAAGGAGUAUAGAGAUCGGCUUCGGCAAAAGCUUCAUGAGCUUGCGACCAUCGAUUCUCUGCACCAGUCCAAGAUCAAAGUUCUUCGAGAUAUUCAAGCAAAGCGAUAUGAAAAGGCUUUGGAAAAGUGGGAGCAAGCAGUUCAUCGGCUACAAGCAAGUAAUGAACACGAUCUUCGCAACCUCGAGAGUCGCUGUCGGGAGGAGAAGGAUGCGGCCAUUGUUUGGCUAGAAGCAAAACGAGCACGCUUAAAAGCCAGGUGGACGUUUGAGGAAAGGAUUAUUCGAAGAAAACUAGAAAUUGACACUCGAGAAUCUUUUGGACCCCUACCCGAACUAUCUUUCGGUGACAUUAGAGAUGACAUUCCACAAAGUCCUGGGGAUUCAGGAAAUAAAGGCGACGAUUAG